AUGGAUUCGAGUGCUCAACCAGACAGAUUCUCGAACCUACCUGAUGUACUUCUGGUCCUGAUCAUUUCUUGCUUGCCUUUCAAGGAUUGCAUAAAGACCAGUGUCCUCUCCAAGCGGUGGAGGUAUCUCUGUCUUCAAACCACUAAUGUUUCUUUCAAGGAAUCCGACUUCGUGAACCCUACUCUCGACGAAACAUCCUGGAUCUCUGCUAGGCAUGCAUUUAUUGAUUAUGCGUGUCGAUGGGUCGAUAGAAUCCAAGAUCAAGACGUCGAAAGUUUCGAGAUUAGCAUCUCUCGUCCUUCUAUUUACAUGAGUGUCAUCGAGUCCCUGAUCGCGUUCGCCGUCGGAAAACAAGUCAAGAAGCUAGUCCUCGAUUUCUCAAAACCUAUUUGGAAGACCACUCGUGAUGUGCAUGAAUAUUUGGAUCUCACUGUCGAAGUUCCCGAGAGCGUUUACAACCUAACGUCUCUAGAGUCGUUGACGGUUAACGCGUGCAAGAUGUUUGAUCCCUUGAGGUUCAAAGACCUAGGGAUUUUCAAAAGCUUAUCUUUGGGAUAUAUGAGACUGGAAAAUGUCGAGUCUUUGCUAUCAAAGGCUUCGAGGCUUGAGAGUCUAAGUAUCAAUGAAUGUUGGGGACUUGAUUUCAAGAAGAUAGUUGGGAAUAUGAGAGAAGUUGCCUUUAAGAACUGCGACUUUCCUCUCAUGUCUUUCUCCUUCGACCUGCCAAAAGUAGACAUCUUCAAGUACUCGGGACAUAUUUUCUGCCUUGAUUUCGAGAAAGAGAACAUGGAGAUUAAAGAAGUAUACUUGGAUUUUGGUGUAGAGGGAGAGUAUGAAGAUGAACCAACAGAGUCACACAUAGCUCAAGGAGAAAUUGUUUGUAAUCUCCUUAACGAACUUCGAUCUGCUAAGACCUUAACGGUUUGCCCUUAUCUCCUUCAGGUGAUUCAAGAAUGUCACGAUCCGGAUUUUAUGCUUCGUGAUUUGGAAGCACAACAUCUGGUGUUGAGAACGAAGCUGCAUCCUAAGGAGUUUAUGGGCAUUAGGAUCCUUUUUGAUAAAUGCUUGGUUUUGCAAACACUAACUUUCGAUUAUGUUCCUCCAAAUCCAAGCUUUUGUUCGGAAACUAUUUCAUAUCGUGGCAUCUAUCCACAAACACAUUGGCUUCAAAACAUUUCAUACAAGUGUUUGAUAAAGACUCUCAAGGCUGUGGUGUUUAAGAAAUUUACUGGUAGCCUCGACCAGCUACAUAUGCUAAACUUUUUGGUUCGGACUGGGUCUGGGUGGGUGCGCUCGCUUGAGAGAGUGGACCUCUACAUGCCAAAUGGGCUGGAGAAAGAUGAAAUGAGGGUGGCUCGUGAGGGAGCCACCAUGUUGCAGAGAAAAACAAAUCUUGCGAGGAUAAUUCUGCACAGCCCUUGUGAUGCGAAUGGAGACACAAGGCCUAUACGCAUCCCUAAGCCCAAUGCCAAAUAUCAUCACGACUAA